AUGUUAAAAGAAUAUUGGCCUAAACUGAUAUUUAUUCUCUUUUUGAUCUUCUCAUUUUGUGAAUCAUCACUUCUGAACCAGUGCUACUUUUCUGGAACAACAUGUAUCCGGUUUGAAAAAGGCGAUUUCGAAUUUGUGGACACUGUUCAAUUGACCAGCGAUAAUGUGCCGACACUCAAAGACAACACAUCGACAACGUCAACUCGUAUUGUGCUCAGCGAGCUUCUGAGUCAUUUGUCAUUCAAUCAUAGUUGGACACUUGCCGCUCUGGUAGUCAACGCAGGCACACGCACAAAUGUUCAAUGGAAAAUUGCUCCUGAUGAUAUAAGUGAGCAUUCAAUUGAAAUGCAAGAUCCAGAUGGCACUACCAGUCCAUUUUCUAAUGUGACAGUUCAUUGCGUCGAUAUUCAAAAUUAUGCGGAUGACGCAAAACGGAUACUCGUGGUUCCACCAGAUUACAAAUUCUUUUUCUCUGUCAAUGGUACUGCAACCAAUUGUGCAACAAGUGGAGUAUCCAUCAUACCGUUUCUCUGGGAUACUCAAAGUAGAGCGAGCAUCCGUGGAAUGUCAUAUUUUUCUUUGACCGAAUGCACUGAUAAAUGCUCGUCUUUGUUGAUACCAUCUUUAUUAGUGAGAUUCUGCCCAAACUUCAAUAGCAGUAACCUGGAAAUUCGUAUAGAUCAAGUGGAUGAUUUCACGGUGGAGUUUUCUGACGACUUACUUGGUAUUAACAUUCAAAGAGUUAACAAGUCGAUUGAGUUCCCAAUGGGUAUAAUGAACUGCACUGCAUUGAUGGAUAACGCUGAUAUUCUUGGAGAGAACCCCGUAUGCCUGGGAGAUGGUGAGAACGUUGCGGUGAAGUUUGGCGCCAACCCUAAAAUGGCAUUGAAACAGGAAGUGAAAACUAAAUUUUCUCAGCGAUCCGCGUUCCUGAAAAACGCCAAAAAUGCGGUGUAUCCAAAUUUCACUGUUUCUCAUGAGAAGGAAGUUGCAACAUGUUCGAAUUCGACGAAAUUUGAAGUGAAACAAAUUUCUGGGAACGGCUUCAUGCCACUGAGAUUUGAAUGGUCGAUUUUGAACGGUACAUCAGACAUGGAAAACCUAGCGAGUUCAAGCAAUGAAAGACUUUUGGAAAUACCAAGUCAUCACCUCUCAACCAAGAAUGUUAUACUUGUAGUUGGAUGCAAUGUGGCUGGAAAAUGUACAUCAAGUGGACCUAUUAAAACUGAUCUCGUUGAUGACGCAAGUGUUUUCACUGUAUCCAUUGAUGGAUACGAACAAGAGACACCCGCUUCUUUUGGUUUACACCUUCAUGCUAACCCAACUUUUAAACAAUGCAGUUCCAAGACUUCACCAAAAGAUGUUCAGUAUGAGUGGAAGUUAAAUGGUGAAGGUCAAUUGUUUGAUGACGGUCUGAAACUUCCAGCUUAUUCUUAUUCUGUUGAUGAAUUGGUAAAUAUUACUUUGAUUGCAAGAUAUAAUCAUGAGAAGUCGUCGUAUUCCUCAAGCACAACAAAAACUAUCCAUUACUUUGGUCUGCCUCUUCUUGUCGCAUUGGAUUGUGUGGAACGUCAAGCAGGGAAAGAUCAUAAUUUGGUCGUACGUGUACUUGCUGUAGAUCAAAAUCGACGAGAUUCAAGUUUGAAAUAUCAAUGGAGUUGCACAGUUAUAAAUGGAACCAAUGCAGAAGAGAAUUGCAUGCUUGGAGACUUGAACACUCAUGGAGAACACAUUGAGAUUCCGAGCUCAAAAUUAAUCCAAAAUACUGUUAUGAACAUCACAGCUACAGUAUCAUCUGACGAACAAUCCGACAGUUCAUCCUGCUUGGUUACUGUAGGAGCAACUCAAAUUCCAACAGUCUCAUUCUUCAGACUAGCCGAAAAGAAACAAAAUGCAUUUGACUAUAUUCGCAUCCAAGCUCUAGUAAGUUCAACAUUACCAACAUUGAAUGUCACCUGGGAAGUCGUUCGAGAUUCUCAGUUUGGGUUUUUCAAUCUCAGUUCAUUUCUAACAAACCCAACAACUAUCAUCAAAGAUGUACCAAAAUCAGAUGUAUUCGUGUCGUUAACAAUACCUCCUUCUGGGACACAGCUAGCUGCCUGGCCAGGUUUGAUGAGUGGUAAAACAUUUGUGAUACGUUUGUGGGCUUCUAAUGAGAAAGGAUCUUCAUUUGCGGAUCUGCAUCUACUAACCAAUGCACCACCAACAACUGGAUACAUUGAUAUAUCUGCUCCCACCUAUCCACCAAUCGCGCUGGAGACUCCUAUCACAUUCUCUGUAGGAGACAGCUGGAAUGACGAUAAAGAUGAUUUUCCGCUUACUUAUCAAUUCGGCUACAAACUUCACUACUCCGAUAACACUACUUAUGAAUUUCAAGGAUCCAAAAGCACAGUGAAGUCAAUGCAGUUUUAUCUUCCAUCAACCACUGGCAAUAACUCUGAAGAAUGCGGUCAACGUAUUGGUAUCACUGGAAUGUUAUCAGUAUGUGAUCGUCUCGGGUCUUGCAGUUCCGAAGAAACUGGAAUGUUCACUAUUGACCAAUCUGAGAAUGCAACAUUAGCAGCAAUGGAUUUGAUCAGUUUGCUGAAUACAGACGUUGUGAAUGGAAAUUUCAUGUCAGCUAUAGCAAAAAUUAAUGCAAUUAACAUUGAAUUGUGCACCGAAAACUUUGAUCAGUCCCAGAUUGAUAAAAUUACGAUGCUCUUGUUCCAAUCGUUAACAGAAUCCAGUGAAAGUGAAGAAUUUCAAGAAGCUCUGAAAGCUGCUUACUCUCUACUUCCGGUGGUUUCUUCUGAUAUUCUGACUGUGCUCAUUGAAGUUCUAUCCAGUUAUCGCCAAUUGACGUUUCAAGGUGCUUUACCCACAGAAAGUAUCCGACAAAAGCGGUCGGCAGAGGUUGUGGAGUCAACAGUGAAAAUUUACAAAGCUACGGAAUCUGAAGCUACUGACAUGUUGAAAGUGUAUGAUAUUCUGAUUGGAAAAGAUAAACCUGUGGUAGAUGUGUUCUUUCUGAACAUCAACGACUUUUUGACUGGAUUUUGUAUUCAAUUGGAUGAAGACUCAAAACGUUAUAUGUCUGCAACAGGAGGUGGAUACACAGAAAUCCAAACUCAAAGCGUAAAUGUGAACAGAGAUGGAUAUGAUGGUAAAUUCAAUAUCAGUGGUCCAAACAAUCUGUCAAAUAUUUCGUUCUCUGCCUAUUUCUCUUCAUCGUAUGCCUCAUGGACUUGUGGUUCAGCAUCCAGUUCUACUUGUCGAUAUGUUUGCUUGGGUACUGCAUGGAUAUCUAACAGUGCAAUUGCGGAUAACAGCUAUUUGGCUGAAGAUCUCUUCUUCAACUACCUGGAUUUGUCUAUAAACAAGAGUGUGUCAGAUUUGCAUCAGCUUAGUCUUGUUGACCCAAUAUCUGGAACAAUCUUGACUCCAUCCAAUGGUCAAUUUUUGUAUUCAGUGGAUAUUGAAGUUACAAAUUAUAAACCUAUCAACUAUUACAAUUGUUACAUAUACAGUCAGAACACGGGAUGGGACUUCCGACAAUGUGUCCCUUCUAACUACGCAAAAACUGUACAAGGUCGAAGUUUCCUGAAUUGUAACUGUUCAUCAACGGGAAUUAUUGGAGUUUUCGUGACAAACGGACCUGCACCUGAUCCGUUAUCAGACCACAAUGAGAUUUUGUUGACAUUGGUGAUAGAUGUAGACGUUACAGCAGAUGACUUAUCCAAGAUUUUUACAAGGAUAGCUACGCUCUCAGAAGUUGAUCAAAAAAGAUUUGUGAAAAUAUCAAACAAAGGGAACCGUACGAUACAAGCAACACUACGCCCACCCUAUCGUGCUGAUCAGAAAAGUAAUGGUCUCGCAGUACAAGCUAUUCAAAAAGCAGUUGGCUAUCAGAAAAUAUUGAAUGUGAUCACUGUUCUCAACUUCACAUAUUCAGUUGUGAAAAGAGAUUUGAAUGGAGAUGCACGUGCGAGAAAGAUUACAUUCAAUCUUCAAAAAACUUAUACACCUCAACUUGGGACUGAUGGCGAUGACUAUGCUAAGAAAUGGGCACAGUCUAUGGCCACCACACUCCAGAUUUCAGAGUACAGAUUCAAAAACUAUAAAGUGUUUUUCGGCGUGAUAUACAAUGUGACAAUUACUUUGCCUUUCACUGAUGAGAAGAAGCCUUUGAGUGCUGAAGAGAUUUCUCUUAUGAUACAAGAAGGUUCAAAAUACGGAGAACUUGAUUUUCAAUUGGGCGAUGAAACUGUGUCAGUCAGUGCAGUUGCUGAUAAAGAUAUCACUAUGCUUCUGGUUAUGCACGAAACCAAUUCCCUGAUGCUUGCACUUGCUGUGGUUCUCUCUAUUGUUCUUGGUCUUGGAACAGUUUUUAUUUGUGGUGCAGUUUUAGUGAAGUUGAGAACUGAUAAGCUUAUAGUAGAAGAACGCCGUAGAGCAAAUCUGAAUGAUCAACAGUUUCAACUACCGCCACCUCCUAAAUACCCAUCGAGCACAACUCCGUUCCAUGUAGUGGAUCAAUAUCCUCUCCGACGUCAACGAAAUGAAGUUCGCCAAUUUUGA